AUGGGUGGUCAAGAAUCAGGAAGCAAAAGGUCAAGUGCCAAAAAUAGUCCUCAUGAGAGUCCCCGAAUACGCGAUAAGUCAAGUCCUGUGGUAGGACAAGGCGGACAAGGCGAACAAGACACACCCUCAAACCUCGACCUCGAUAAUCAAGGCCUCUUGCAUGGCAACACCUUGAUUGAAGCCGGCGGCAGUGAUGAAGACGGGGAGUUCUCUGCCAGCGACUUUGACGCCGAUGACAUCUCCCUGGCAAGCACUCGCUCCUCAUCCACCUCCAUCAACUCCAGCAUCCUGGAACACAGCUACGAAAACGGGCGUCGCUACCACCGUUAUCGCCAUGGACGAUAUCCUCUACCGAAUGACGAGGCGGAGCAGAACCGUGAGGAUAUGAUGCAUGCCAUGAUGCUCGAGGCCACCGACGGGAGACACUUUUACGCUCCCAUAGGGGAGAAUCCGCAAAGGAUCGCUGAUUUGGGGACAGGCACGGGUAUCUGGGCCAUUGAGAUGGCUGAAAAGUAUCCCAGCGCUGAGGUGUUGGGGCUGGACUUGAGUCCUAUACAACCAUCCUGGGUACCUCCAAAUGUCAAAUUCAUGGUUGACGACAUCGAAGAUGAGUGGCUGAACGGAGAUGACUUCGACUUUGUCCACCUCCGCAACAUGAUUCCUAUUCUCAAAUCACCAGUAACACUCCUCAAACAAGUAUACGCAAACAUGAAACCUGGUGCAUGGGUAGAACUCCAAGACGUAGACGGCCAAGUACAUACAGACGACAACAGUAUACCAGACGAUUGGCCCCUCAAACGCUUCACUGAAAUCAUGGUUGAAUGCUUUGCCCUAUACGGAACAAAUGCCAAUGCCGCAGUCUUGGGACGACAGUAUCUCGCCGAAGCAGGGUUUGUCAAUAUCCAACACAACUUUAUCAAGUUACCCUAUGGGACGUGGCCGAAAGACAAGGUAAUGCGCUUGGUGGGAAUGUACUAUCGAACAGCAUGUGAAGAGUUCUUCCCUACAAUGGGAACUCUUCAUUUUCCGCAGCUGGGCUGGGGGAAGGCUGAGAUGGAAGUGUUUUUCGCAAAAUGCAGGCAGUCGAUGAGGGAUCCAAACGUUCAUGCGUACGGAAAGAUGCAUUUCUGGAGUGGCCAGAAGCCAUUGGAUGGGUAA